CUCUCUCUCUCUCUCUCUCUCCUUUCCUCUGUCUUGAAAUAAAAAAAAAGGAGAGGGAAAGCUAAGAAAAAUAAUAAAAUUCAUUUUUGGAUUACUGUUUUGAUAUCGGUUACUCGCGAAAUCUAAAACUCCACGGGGCAAAAUGAACGGUGGAGAUAACCGACGGCGGGACCGCCGAGACCUUCGAAGCUCUAAGAAGCAGAAGAAGCUGAUCCGCAGCGCAGAAGAGGAGCUCGAGUCCAAGCUCGGCUUCGAUCUCUUCUCCGAAGGGGAAAAGCGCCUUGGAUGGCUACUUACUUUCGCUUCCUCAUCUUGUGAGGAUGCGGAUACAGGAAAAGUAUAUAGUUGCGUCGAUCUUUAUUUUGUCUCUCAGGAUGGCUCUUGUUUUAAGUCAAAGUUCAAAUUUCGUCCUUACUUUUACGUGGCUGCGAAGGACAAAGCAGAAAUGGAUGUGGAAGCAUAUUUGAGAAGACGAUAUGAAAGUCAGAUUGCAGAGAUUGAAAUUGUGGAAAAGGAAGAUCUUGAUCUUAAAAACCAUUUGUCUGGUCUACACAAACGUUAUUUAAAAAUAGCUUUUGACACUGUUCAACAAUUGAUGGAUGUAAAGAAAGAUCUAGUGCAUGUUGUUGAAAGAAACCAUGCAAAAUUUGAAGCUGCUGAAGCAUAUGAGUCGAUAUUAAUGGGGAAAAGAGAACAAAGACCUCUGGAUUUUUUAGAUUAUAUAGUUGAUCUCCGUGAGUUUGAUGUUCCCUACCAUGUUCGCUUUGCCAUUGACAAUGAUGUGAGAUGUGGGCAGUGGUAUGAUGUCAGUGUAUCCAGUACAGGAGUCAUUCUGGAGAAGAGGACUGAUCUUCUGCAACGUGCUGAAGUGCGUGUCUGUGCAUUUGAUAUUGAGACUACAAAGCUUCCUUUGAAAUUUCCUGAUGCUGAGUAUGAUUUAAUAAUGAUGAUAUCAUACAUGGUUGAUGGACAAGGAUAUCUGAUUAUUAACAGAGAGUGUGUAGGGCAAGAUAUAGAGGACUUGGAGUAUACUCCAAAACCGGAAUUUCAAGGGUAUUUCACAGUCACAAAUGUGAAAAAUGAGGUAGAACUUCUCCGGCAGUGGUUUGCUCACAUGCAAGAGGUGAAGCCUGGUAUUUUUGUCACAUAUAAUGGUGAUUACUUUGACUGGCCAUUCAUAGAAAGCAGAGCUGCUUAUCAUGGGUUUAAAAUGAGUGAUGAGGUAGGAUUUCGAUGUGACAAGAAUCAGGGGGAAUGUCGAGCCAAAUUUGCUUGUCAUUUGGAUUGUUUUGCUUGGGUCAAACGUGAUAGUUAUCUUCCUCAGGGGAGCCAAGGCCUAAAGGCUGUUACAAAGGCAAAGCUGGGUUAUGAUCCACUGGAGGUGAAUCCAGAGGAUAUGGUUCGAUUUGCAAAGGAAAAGCCCCAGAUGAUGGCCUCCUAUUCUGUUUCCGACGCUGUUGCAACUUACUACUUGUAUAUGACCUAUGUUCAUCCCUUUAUUUUCUCUCUGGCAACUAUUAUUCCCAUGUCGCCUGAUGAGGUUUUGCGCAAAGGAAGCGGGACACUUUGUGAAAUGCUUCUAAUGGUGCAGGCUUACAAGGCAAAUGUUAUCUGUCCUAACAAACACCAAUCUGACCCUGAGAAGUUCUAUAAGAAUCACCUACUUGAGAGUGAGACCUAUAUAGGUGGCCAUGUGGAAUGCCUUGAAAGUGGCGUCUUCAGAUCUGAUCUUCCAACUAGUUUUAAGACUGAUCCAUCUGCCUAUGAGCAACUUAUCAGUAAUCUUGAUCGGGAUCUACAAUAUGCUAUUAGAGUUGAGGGGAAGAUGGAUUUGGAAUCAGUCUCUAAUUAUGAUGAAGUAAAGAAUGAAAUAAUAGAAAAGCUAGUAAAGUUGCGAGAUGAACCUAUCCGUGAUGAAUGUCCUCUCAUUUAUCAUUUAGACGUGGCUGCAAUGUACCCAAAUAUUAUUUUGACAAAUAGGCUUCAGCCACCAUCAAUUGUUACAGAUGAGGUCUGUACUGCAUGUGAUUUCAAUCGCCCAGACAAGACUUGUCUCCGGAAACUUGAAUGGGUUUGGCGUGGGGAGAUAUUCAUGGCAAAGAAAAGUGAUUAUUACCACUUGAAGAAGCAAAUUGAGUCUGAAUUUUUUGAUGGUACUGAGAGUCAGUUGUCAAAAUCUUUGCUUGACCUGCCUAAGCUGGAGCAACAAUCUAGGCUGAAAGACCGUUUGAAGAAAUAUUGUCAGAAGGUAUAUAAACGAGUUUUGGAUAAGCCAGUUACUGAACUUCGAGAAGCAGGGAUCUGCAUGCGUGAAAACCCUUUUUAUGUUGACACUGUCCGAAGCUUUCGAGAUAGAAGGUAUGAAUACAAAGGACUUAAUAAAGUUUGGAAGGGGAAGUUGUCAGACGCCAAGGCUGGUGGAAAUCCUAUGAAGAUCCAAGAAGCACAAGACAUGGUAGUGCUUUAUGAUUCCUUACAACUUGCCCAUAAGUGUAUUCUGAACUCAUUCUAUGGAUAUGUCAUGCGCAAAGGUGCAAGGUGGUACUCGAUGGAAAUGGCUGGUGUAGUUACAUAUACUGGUGCUAAAAUUAUUCAGAAUGCUCGCUUACUUGUUGAAAAAAUUGGGAAACCACUUGAACUAGACACAGAUGGUAUCUGGUGUGCACUUCCUGGGUCUUUUCCUGAAAACUUUACUUUCAAAACUAAAGACUCAAAGAAGAAGCUGACAAUCUCUUAUCCGUGUGUAAUGCUUAAUGUUGAUGUGGCAAGAAACAAUACAAAUGAUCAAUACCAGACACUUAUAGAUCCUGUCAAUAAAACAUAUGCAACUCAUAGUGAAUGCUCAAUUGAAUUUGAAGUGGAUGGACCAUACAAGGCGAUGAUUCUACCUGCUUCUAAGGAAGAAGGAAUUUUAAUUAAGAAAAGAUAUGCUGUUUUUAACGAUGAUGGAACCCUUGCUGAACUUAAAGGUUUUGAGAUAAAACGUAGAGGUGAGCUGAAACUCAUCAAAGUUUUCCAGGCUGAGCUUUUUGAUAAGUUCCUCAAUGGGUCCACCUUAGAGGAAUGUUACUCAGCUGUUGCUGCUGUUGCAAAUCGCUGGCUUGAUCUUCUUGACAAUCAAGGAAAGGAUAUUGCGGAUAGUGAGUUACUAGAUUACAUAUCAGAAUCUAGCACAAUGAGCAAGUCUUUAGCAGACUAUGGUGAGCAAAAGUCAUGUGCAGUGACCACGGCAAGGCGUCUAGCUGAUUUUCUUGGUGAUACUAUGGUUAAAGAUAAAGGACUGCGUUGCCAGUAUAUAGUGGGAUGUGAACCAAGAGGUACACCUGUUAGUGAGCGUGCUAUUCCUGUUGCAAUAUUUGAAACUGAUGCUGAAAUAAUGAAGUUCUAUCUACGCAAGUGGUGCAAAACUUCUUCCGAUGUUGGCAUACGUUCCAUUGUUGACUGGUCAUAUUACAAGCAACGGCUUAGUUCAGCGAUUCAGAAAAUUAUCACUAUUCCUGCUGCAAUGCAAAAGGUUGCAAACCCCGUCCCUAGAGUAGCUCAUCCUGAUUGGCUGCAUAAAAAGGUUCGUGAGAAGGAGGAUAAAUUUCGUCAAAGAAAGUUAGUUGAUAUCUUUAGCUCAUCAGGCAGAGAUGAUAUAAUGAAAAAGGCAGGUGAUGCUGUUACUGCCAAUCAUGUGGUUGUUGGAGAUUUAGAAGACUUCCAAAAUAAAAGACGAAAGUCUGAAAAAGCACCUACACCAAUUGUUCGUUGUUAUGAAGUCAAUGAUGAUCAACAUCCUGUCAGGGAAGUCGUCCAAGCCAAUUCUCUGCAACACCAAACUGAACAUAGAGGAAGUGCACACCAGCUUUCAUCGCCAUUGUUGCCAAAUGUUCAGUCCACUGAAAACAUUGACAGAAAUGUUGAUUAUCAAGGAUGGCUUGAAUUGAAGAAGAGAAAAUGGAAGGAUAGUCUCGAAAGGAGGAAGAGGCAAAGGUUGGGUAAUCAAAGAACUUCACAGCAUGCCAGUAGCACUUCUGAGCUGCUGCGUGGUGUGGAAAACAAUAAAGAUGCCCGGGGAAGAACUGGUGUUGGUUCAUAUUUUAGGAGGCAUGACGCAUCUCUAACAAAUACCCAUUGGCAGAUUAUACAGCUAGUCCCAGGUUCACACAAUGGCCAAUUUUUUGCUUGGGUUGUUGUUGAAGGAAUUAUGCUUAAGGUUCCUAUAACUGUUCCAAGAGUGUUCUAUUUGAACUCUAAAGCAACCGUAUCAGAAAGUUUUCCUGGAAGGCGGGUAAACAAGACUCUUCCUCAUGCAAGGCAGAGCUAUAACCUAAUUGAGGUUAUAAUUGAUGAAGAUCAAUUUAGGAGGGAGAGCAAGAAACUCGCAGCUCUCCUCUCUGAUCCAGAAAUUGAGGGGAUAUAUGAAAGAAAGGUGCCACUGGAGUUUAAUGCUAUUCUCCAGCUUGGUUGUGUUUGUAAAGCAGAUAAGACAGCUAAGAAACGAAAUGCCCAGGAUGGUUGGAGUCUGAGCGAAUUACACAUGAAGACUACAACAGAAUGUGCUUACCUGGAGCAGGCAAUCUCUUUCUUUUACUUGUAUCAUAGUAUCUGUGAAGGCCGUGCCAUCUAUGCUGGCUAUUUUUCUUCAUUGCAAGCAGUACACGUGGUGGUAGUUAAUCCUCACCACGAAAAUGAAAUUUUAUCUCCAUAUAUCCUUGAGAAAUAUUUUCAUGAAGCUUGCCAGGCAUUGUCUAUUGAACCACUAGCUCGUAAUGGUAUAGCUUUCAAGGUGAACUAUGUUGAAUAUGUCAAGGAUGCUGAAAAGAUUUUACAAAGAGCUAUAAGUGAACAAAGACAUGAACAUCAAGGACCUACUGUUGCGGUCAUUGAAUGCCCAAACACACAAUCAAUGAAGUCAGGCAUACGAGCUCUCGAAGAUUUCCCUUGUGUGAGCAUACCUUCCAAUGCUCGUGAUAAUGAUUAUCAGCUGCUUGUGUGGCAACAAACAACUGCAAAAAUUGGAAUGCAGCGGUGUGCUGCGUCAUCUCAGUGGUUGAGUGAGAGGAUCUCUCUCUCAAGAUAUGCACAUGUACCAUUGGGCAAUUUUGAACUUGAUUGGCUAUUAUUUACAGCAGAUGUCUUCUUUUCUAGAGCUCUACGUGAUCAACAACAGGUACUCUGGAUAUCCGAUGAUGGUGUUCCUGACCUAGGAGGCACUGGUGAAGAAGAUAUAUGUUAUGCUGAUGAGGUCCAUCAACCUGUUGUUACAUACCCUGGAGCAUAUAGAAAAGUUUCUGUGGAGCUAAAGAUUCAUAACCUGGCUGUGGAUGCUCUUUUAAAAAGCAACCAAAUCAAUGAAAUGGAAGGAGGAGCUUUAUUAGGAUUUGACCAAGAUGUGAAUUCCGGAAAUGAACAGUGUGGUUUUGAUGAAGCUACCUCAUCUGCAGCUGCAUUUCGAGUCUUGAAACAACUGAUACAGAGGUGUCUUGCUGAUGCAGUUUCGUCAGGAAAUGUGUUUGCUGAUGCAAUACUGCAGCAUCUAUAUCGGUGGCUUUGCAGUCCUCAGUCAAAGCUUCAUGAUCCAGCUCUUCAUCGUAUACUUCACAAGGUCAUGCAAAAGGUGUUUGCUUUGCUGUUGGCUGAAUUUCGCAAAUUGGGUGCAGCAAUUAUAUUUGCAGACUUCUCUAAGGUUAUCAUUGACACAGGCAAAUAUGAUAUCUCAGCAGCCAAAGCUUAUUCUGAUAGCUUGCUGAAAGCUCUGCAGAAUAGAGAACUAUUUGAAUGGAUCGAGCUUGAGCCAAUUCACUUCUGGCAUUCCUUGCUUUUUAUGGAUCAGUACAACUACGGGGGAAUCCUGGCGGGAUCUGAUGAAAAUUCACAAGAUAAGUCGGAAGUGGAUAUUGUUUCAAGCUGGAAUAUUGCCCAGUAUUUACCUGAGAAAAUUCAGGAUCAUUUUGUUCUAAUUGUCUCCGAGUUUUUGCAUACCCCCUGGAAAUAUGCACAAGACCAAGCUGCAAAUAGAACAUCCUCGCUGGAUGGUAGUUUAUGCACUCCAUCAAUCACUAUCACAGCUGCUGAGAGUUUUGAAGCACAUAUUGUGAAAUAUCUCAAAGAGCAGAUUAGCUCUUACUUCACGGAAAAACUUCUAGGAAUUGUUCGUGAUAUUGUUCUUCAUAUGAAAGGGUUGAGCAGAUCUGAAAAUGAUAAACAGGGUGCACAUAGGGUUCUUCAGCUUGCUAGGAAUGUCAACAGAGGGGAUGCUGCACUGGAGUUUAUUAAGCAUGUCUGUGCUGUUCUGGCCCUUGACCAUAAUGUUCAGCAUGAUGUUCUGGUGCUAAGAAAGAAUCUGCUGAAAUAUGCACGCAUUAGGGAGUUUGCUCCAGAAGCUGAGUUUCAUGAUCCAUGCCCUUCUUUCAUCUUACCAAAUGUGAUCUGCAGCUACUGCAACGAUUGCAGAGACCUGGAUUUAUGCCGUGACUCAGCUUUACUGGCUGACGAAUGGCGCUGUGCUGUGCCCCAGUGUGGGCAGCCGUAUGAUCGCGAGGUGAUGGAGAAUGCUCUUCUUCAAAUUGUACGUCAAAGAGAGCGUCUGUACCAUCUGCAGGAUCUGUUGUGCUGUAGGUGCAGACAGGUGAAAGCUGCACAUUUAGCGGAACAAUGUUCGUGUGCUGGCUCAUUUAGAUGUAAAGAAGAUGUCUCUGAAUUUCGAAGCAAAAUGCAGAUAUUCCUGAACAUAGCCAUCCAGAAAAAGUUUCAACUCCUCCAGGAGUGUACCUCAUGGAUUUUAGAAAUCAACUUGUAGUCAACCCGGCCUCUCUUAUAUCACAUAUGAAAUGUAUAUACACAUAUAUUCAUUUAUCACAUAUGUUUUUUUUUAUUAUUAAAUGUAUAUAUUUGAAAUGUACUAAUAUACACGUAUAUGUCAUAAGUUUCGAGGCUAUCCCAAUUAAUGAAAUUUGGUUCACAUA